AUGCCCAAUCCGGACAAACGGUAUGGUGUAGCCGUACGUUUGUCCGACGAUACUGCCAGAAAUAAACCCGCGAAAAAGGGGUUUUUCUCGCAUUUUGCUACUUUGCCGAGAAAAAAGAAAAAUCAGGACGUAAUGAAAAAUGUUCACCGACCGGUGACGCCGAGCCAAGCCAAGCAUCGAAACGCGAGCAACGGAACAUGGAGCAGAAACUUCGACGCUCAAAAGAGCCGCUCCCAAUCGCUUCCUCGAAACAUUCGCUCUGAAGAUCUCGAGCGCAAUGAUUCCGACAUGAGCUACGAUCUGCUGGAAAGAACGAUCUUCCAACGUGCUCGUCAGACAUCCCAAGAAGUCGACAGACAAACUCGGCAAGGACGACAGGCUGAGAGAAGAUCUGGCAAUUCUACUCCUCGAUUUUCUCGACCAAGAAGCGUUGGGGCCACCCUUAAUCGAUCUGGCCAUCUUUCUGGCUCUGAUGGAAACAGAUAUCACUCGAAUAUCUCUUCUUCUGGACCUGAUACAGACAGGCGGACAGACACCGAGUCCUAUGACAGGCGAAAGAUGAAUAGAAGUCAACCUGGAGGCGCCAGGAGGAAUGUGGAGUAUGUCAGUGUUACGAAUGUGUCGCGAGAUGGAACUAUUGGAAAUACGAGCAUGCUGAGAAUGGAUGAUUCCAAAACCGGGGAGACCAGAAUUGAUGAGAUGAGCUCGGGCAAAGAAAUCAAGCGACAAUUGAUUCGUGCAAUGAAAGAGCUGAAAGAUCUUGGAUCCGUCGCCAGAGUCAUUGACGAAAUCGAUGAUGAAGAAUGGCUACUUAUGUUCGUUCAAGAGCUAGAAGUGCAAGUAAAACAAAUUAUCCAAAUCGAGCGCAAGAUCAAGCAGCUCAUCCAUCAAGCUCGCGAGGGCCGGACCGACUCCUACAACGAGCUCAUAAAAGGGAUGACGGUUCAGCUCAAGUCCAAGAAGCAAACCUUACUCGACUGCCUCAACGACAUCUUGUCCUACUUCCAUGAUCGUCUUCGAAGCAAAGACACUAGAACCUUCAAAUCAAAGCACGUCCACGGGAUGUUAAAAGCGAUGUCUGAUGCUGAAGGAGAAAACUCGGAUUACGGUACUUUCGGGCGAAUAAACCGACGACUGAAGAAACUGGCCCUCAAUCGCCCUGAAGUUCUCCAAGGAAAUCAAUCAAAAUGGCAAUUCGAACUGCAGCGCGUCUCAAGGACCGUGGAUGAAUAUCUUCGGAUGGCGAUGCCGCCGACCAUGAGCGGCUCGGAACUAAACGACUCGAUGAGCAGCAUGGGAACGUUGCCUCGCGGUGGAGGAACAUUAAAUAGGGCUGGCCAGAGUGCUAAUGGCGGCCACGUGCGUCAGCAUAGCGGCUUUUCCAGCGAUGAUUUCAGCAGAAAUAACUCAAGCUUUUCGUCGCAGACUCUGGAUCGCCGUCGCGGUCGGCCACAGCGGGGCGGCUGGGAUCCCAACCGGUCCAGAUCGCUGGAGCGGGGAAAGAAGGGCGAGAUGGACUCGAACUUGAGGAACGCCGAUUCGGGGCUGGAUUUGGACGACUCUGGGUCAGGAGGUGACACUUUGCCAGGCAGAGGUGGCGGUGGUCACACGACGAGAGGACGGCCGCGAGAACGCGCCUCGAUCAAGCUGUACGUCACAACGAGCUCAGACGACGAUGGCGGAUACCGCGCUAAUCAACGACUUCGCGAACAACCAACGGAACUUCAACGCAAAACGGAAGAAACCAAACAAAUGAAAAAACAUCUCGAAAAACUGCAACGCGAAAUUCAAGAGACGCGAAGUUCCAAGUCGGAUAAAGAGCGACAAUUGAAUCAAGAACGAGCCCGUAUUCAGAAAAUGCAGCGGGCGAUGGCAAACGGCCUGAGCGAAAAAGCCGACUUGGAAGCAGAACUGAUGCGUCUCCGCGAACAACUUCGAUCUGGCGAAAGUGGCCGAUCCAGAAACGUCGCAACGCUCCAAACUAGAAUCUCCGAAAUGUCCCAGCGAAUCCACGACGAUAAAAGAGAAAUUGACUUUGCGAACGAAAAGAUUGCCCAAAUCACUGCGGAGCUCAAUGGAAACAGAAGAACUAGCGAGCGACUAGAAAGAGCAAAGCACGAACUUGAAGAGCAGCUGAAUCAGUUGACGAUUCAGCUGAUGGCGGAGAGGAAGGAACUGAGAUCGCUGCAGAUGGAGAACCACAGAUUGGAGAACGAACUGAGCGAGGCGAGCCAAAGAUUGGAGACUGAAACGGAAAGGUCGAAAAGGACGGAAAAUGAUCUUCAGAAAGAAAUGUCCAAGUUGAUCGACAGUCUCAAGGAUGAACAGAACAAGAAUCGAACUUUGAAGAAGAAGGGCGGCUCGGCUGGGCGGGAAGUGAGCUCGCUAAAGGCGCAAGUUGAAGGGCAGAAAGUCAGACUUGAUGAGCUGCAGAGCGAGAAUACCGAGCUACAGUCGCAGAAAAGGAAGUUGCAAGAGCUUCUCAAUGGAGAAAAACAGUUUACUUCCUCGACGCUCGAUUGCAUCAAGAAAGAGCUGGAAUACACGACUCAAGAACUGCAAAUCUCCCGCGACAACGUUCAAAACCAAAAGCAGGAGUUUGAAAAGGAAAUCCAGCGCCUCUUGUUUGAUAACAGAGAAAUCAAGGACCAAUCGCGCAAAACCCAGCGAGAAUUGAGCAAAGAAAUCAACUCCCUGACCGACGAGCUGAAGGACGAACGCGACCGAAUCCACGAGCUCCAGAAAGAAAACAGAAAGCUCCGCCAAGAGAACAUCGAGCUGCAAACGAAGCUGACAAAGUUGGAGACCACGCGGGGGCGCAUUCGCCCCGAGAAUGUUGUCGAUAACGGAACGCAGGUGGAGGAUAAUUCCUUCACGAGAAAACGAGCUUUCGACUUUUACAUCGACGAGGUUCAACGAGAUGCGCAUAAACUUCUAGAGCGAGGCCGAAACAUGGAGCGAGAAGUCAGCGCAAAAGCCAUGGAAGCCGAGAGACGCAUCGUCUCCCAAUCCUCCAGCGCGAUCAGCCCAAUGAGUCCUCCAACUUCCCGCCGCGCUCAGCCGCCAGUUUCAGACGAGCCGCCAAGUGCAACGAGCAAUACGAAGCGAAAAUUCAGCUUCAAAAAGCUCUCGAUGACAAAGAAAUGA